AUGCCAAGGCUAGAACUGUGUGCAGCUGAAUUAGGAGCAAAACUGACUACGAAGGUCAAGGCAGAACUAGGUUAUGAAGAUGUAAAGACUAUUUAUUGGUCAGACUCAGAGAUUACCUUAUACUGGAUCAACUCGGAACCAUCAACACUGAAAACGUUUGUUGCCAACAAGGUGAAAUACAUCCAAGACAUGACACUAAGCAUUCAAUGGCGGCAUGUUGGGACAAAAGAUAAUCCGGCAGACUUUAUAUCCAGAGGUAUGAAGGCAGAUCGACUGUCAGUAUGUAUGAUGUGGUUCUAUGAGCCCACCUUCUUUCACGGAAAUGAGUCCCUUUGGCCAAAGCCUUUCUUCAAAAAUGGAUCAAAUCAAAUAGAUCUUGAGUUGAGGGUGAAGUCUACAGUAUCUGCAGUAGCUUUACACAGUGGGUUGCAAGAUAUAAUCUAUGGAAUUAACCACAAAAAUUCAUUCAGCCGAUUACAGCGAGUUGUGGGUUAUGUCUUACGGUUUACCGAGAGGGUGAAUCGACAAAGGUAUGGAGGUUCGACAGAAGUGUUGACCCCGGCAGAAUUAGAUCAUGCUAUGCAACUGAUAGUAAAAACGAUUCAGAUAUCAGAUUUCGCGAAGGAAGUGCAGCAGUUGAAGAAACAUGGUGCAUUGGACAAAUCCAGUUCAAUACACAGUUUAACUCCGUUUUUGGACGACAAGGGGAUAUUAAGGGUUGGUGGAAGAGCUCCACAUUUCGGCGGUCUCUGGGAAGCCGCAGUGAAGUCAGUUAAACAAUUGCUACUGCUGACCACCGCUACCGCAACAUUGACUCACGAAGAGUUGGAGACCGUAGUCACCGGAAUUGAGGCGUAG